AUGUUCCAGACCUCACUCCAGGGACGAAGGAUGUCAACAAUAACAAAGAGUUCGCUUGAAGGCACUUGUCAUGCUUAUGUUGCAGGCAUUUCAACUCCUUACGAUUAUGCUCCGUCUCUAGCUGCAGGAAUAGCUUUCUGUGCCAUUUUUGGGAUUUCUAUGUUAGCUCACGUUUAUCAAGGCUCUUGGGCCCGAAUGUGGUGGUGCCACUUAUUUUCGAUCGGAUGCCUAGGAUGGGCGGCUCGCACCUGGUCUGCCUUGUGCCCAUAUGAGUUGGAGGCCUUCAAAAUACAGAUUGCCACACUAAUCAUAGGUAUAAACUAUCCAAAAAUUCCGAGCCUUUCACCCAAGAGUCUAUCAGAUGUCCUAACGCGAUUUACUUUAGCACCCACCUUCUUCACUGCCGGUAUAUACAUCAUACUUGGCCGGCUCAUACAUUUCUUUGGACAGGAAUCAUCUUUACUUAGCCCUAAGAUGUACUUUGGGGUUUUCUGCACCUGUGACCUGAUAUCGUUAAUCGUUCAGGCAGCCGGUGGCGCCCUUGCAUCAGCAGCCCUUUCGGACCCAAGUGGAGACACGAAGCCAGGAACGGACAUAAUGGUCGGGGGUAUAAUCUUCCAAAUGGUAGCCAUUACUGUGUUUACCAUUUGUGCGGCUGACUUCCUGCGCCGCGUCGUCCGCCAUAAACUCCUUUAUCUGAUGACAAGCGAACUGAAAUCACUUGUGUCUGUCACUGCUCUUUCCGUGGCAUUCAUAUAUAUUCGAAGCAUUUAUCGAACGGUUGAGCUGUUGCAAGGUUGGACUGGAUACCUUAUAACGCAUGAGAAGUACUUCAUCGCGUUCGAUGGAGCUUUGAUGUUUGCAGCAGUGGCCGCGUCCAACGUCUUCCAUCCCGCUCGGCUGCUACCGACUGAUAAUUCUGCAUAA